AGUCGAUCGCAGUGCUUCCAGUGAUAAGUCUGAACUGCAUUUUCGUUCAAGUUGUUUAGGAUAUCUACUUUGAGAAUUUUAAACCGUUUCAAGAAUAUUUAUAAAAAAUGGAGCCAAAUUCGUGUCGAACUUUUGGAUUUGCGUACAUCGUGUUGUCUUGGCUGUUCUCAACAUUGGGAGUAAUCUACUCCUUCCUGCAUAUUGUCGUCGGCAAACCGUUCUGUGUUAAUAUCCUGUGUUAUAAUGACAAAAUAAGCAUAGGAAUUGUGACAAUUUGCUUGGUAAUAUUCAUUCUAUCGGCAGUUUUUAUUGCUUUUGUGAAAAGCGCCAUCGAACAGGCGGACUCAACCUACAUUCGAAUCUAUCGCCCAGUAAUUGUACUACGGAAUCUAUUACUCCUAUCGUUAUGGAGCUAUCAGUACGUCAUGCUGGAGAUGGAACGAGAUCGCGGAAAUGACACUUCGGGGGUACGGGAGGCGGAGUACGUCGCUUUAGCUUCAUUCUUCAUAACCUUGGUCAUUACGUGUUUGGAAUUGUGGAUUCUCCAUCGGAUUCAACGAUUAGCGAAGUUAAAACUUGUUGAGGAAGAGUGUGUUGAAGCAGUUUACUCUGCGGGGGAUUAACUUCGUAUAAUUGUAGUGAUGCUGUCGAUGAACUCCUCUAAGAUGCUGUGAUUAUGACUUAGUCUAUAAUACUUGAUUAGUGAAUUCAUACAUCCAACCAGCGGAUGUUUGGUUUCAUUGAUAUUCUAUAUAAAAUCUACCAAAAUCUAAGGAGCCGUACACUAAUUACGUAAGCCUUUUUUCCAGAGUUUUUCAAUCCCCUUCCCCCCAUUUAAUUUUUUUCCCACACAAAUUAUUUUUUAUUUAUGUGGAGCGUAAGAAAAUGGCAGACUCCCCUCUCUACAUAUGUGCUUACAUAAUUAGUGUAUGACCCCUAAAUGAGAUUAGAACAUAUGCGAAAUAGUUUCUUAUUUAACAAAACGUAAUCUUGAAGUUUUGUACUCGCCCAUUCUUAUACAGAUGUUUGUAAGUUAUUACACAGAAUUGUAAGAGAAUCUAACAUACGCUGGUUGGGUCUUCCUCUGGUCACAUGAAAGUAAUAUUAUUCAUUACGUCAAGAAAGUUGAAUAUGAUCAACUGACUAGACUCAAUUAGAUACCAAAUUAUUUUGCAAAUGAUUAUUGAACAAGUUUUUAUUUAAAUAAACUUCGUAUAUACAUUUAUA